AUGGGCUCCGAACCCAAGAGGACGGAGUCGAGUCACACCACGGAAGAGGAGACGGGUACGCAUUUGUUCAAGAUUAUCGGGUACACCCUCAAGAAGGGCAGAGGCGUCGGCAACUCCAUCCGGUCGGGCAUCUUCACCGUCGGCGGCUACGAUUGGGCCAUCCGCUUCUACCCGGACGGAUCUACCGAGGCUACCAAAGAUUCUGUGGUCGUCUCGCUUGUGCUCGUGAGCAAGAACGCUGAGGUGCGGGCGUCCUAUGACCUGAGUUUUGUUAACCAGACUACAGGGUUGCCAGAAACUGUGUAUCGGGAAACCACCUUUAGAGUGUUCAAUUCUUGCAAUGGAAAUUGCUUCACCCCAAGGAUCGUCAUAAGCAAAAGAAAUAAGCUGGAGUGUAAAUCAGCUGGCUACAUCGUGGACGAUUGCCUGAAGAUUGAGUGUACUGUCACGGUUGUCAAGGAAUCGUGGGUGGAAACCACAGGGGAAUUUGAGAUCGAAGUGCCGGACACGGACUUACCAGAACAUUUUGGAAAAUUACUGUCGGAGAAGGAAGGAGCAGAUGUCACAUUCUGUGUUGGAGGUGAGACUUUCCCUGCACACAAGAUCGUGCUUGCCACACGGUCCCCUGUCUUUAAGGCGCAGCUGUAUGGACAGAUGAAGGAGAGUAGGGCCCAUAACAUAACUGUAGACGACAUGCAGCCUGAUGUUUUCAAGGCCCUGCUGAAAUUUAUCUAUACUGAUGAACUGACAUUUGAAUGGGAUGAUCUUGAUAAUGAGGAUGAAUAUUGUGAGAUUGUCAAGCUUUUACUUGUUGCUGCAGAUAGAUAUGCUAUGGAUAGGUUGAAGUUGUUGUGUGCAAGCAUUCUUGUCGAGUAUCUUGACAUGGAGAAUGUGGCCACUACACUGGCUUUAGCUGAUCAGCAUAACUGCAACCGUCUCAAAGAAGUUUGCAUCGAGUUUAUGGCCUCUUCAGAUGAGAUUGAUGCUCUGGUGGAAACAGAGGGUUAUGCAACUCUCAAAAGAACUUGCCCUUCGAUCCUAGUAGAUGCACUGGAGAAGAGAAGCAAGUAUCGCAAGACAGGUUGCCAACCCAACUGA